CACACACACACACACAGAUAGAGAGCGCUCCAUCCCCUCUCCUGCUCCCUCCUUUACAGACGUCGGGACCUCGGCGGCUUUGCAACUCCGGAGACUUUCCAGCCUGCAGUGGAAACUGAAGGACUUGUCUUGGGGCUUUCAUUCUUUUCCUUUUCACCAGCACAUUUCCAGGAGUAUUGAUGGCGUAAGCGGUCAGUCAGCCGUCCAGUCAUGGCGCUGUGGUGGGGCGCCAAAGUCUCCUGCAGGUUGGCUGCAGUGUGGUUUCCCCUGCUCUUCUCAUCACUGCUAUGGCAAACGAUCUCCCCCGUUCAUGCCGGCCCACCCUGCCCUCGGAGCUGCAGCUGUCCGGGAGUGAAAGAGGUCCACUGUACGUUCAGACACCUCACAACCGUACCAAAAACCUUCUCCAAAGACACAGAGAGGCUCAACCUCGGUUAUAACAGCCUGACGGAGGUAGCGGCGUCAGAAUUCAGGUCACUUCGACGACUGGAAAUGCUCAUGUUGCAUGGCAACGACAUUAUCACAGUCCACCCUGGGGCGUUUUACAGCCUGAGAUCACUACAGAUCUUGAAGUUGAGUUACAACAAGCUAACAUCCGUGACCCCGGGUCUGUUCGAGGGCCUUGCUGGUUUGGUCCGUCUUCAUCUGGACCACAACCUCAUUGACUUCAUAGAGCCGUACUCCUUCUCCGGCCUGAGCUCCCUAAAACUUCUGCAGCUGGAGGGGAACCUUCUCAAAGACAUCCACCCUCAUACCUUCAUAACGGUGUCACUACUCGGAAGCUUUUGGGCCUCUGGACUCAAACACUUACACCUGUCGGACAACCUGUUGGAGCAGCUUCCUCCCGCGGCGCUGAAGACAGCUCCCCGGCUUGAGAUCCUCUCUCUCUACGGUAAUCCCUGGACCUGUGACUGUCAGCUCCACUGGUUGAUAGAAUGGAGCUCCACACAUGAAGGCGUUAUAAAAUGCAAGAAGGAGCGUGGCUCCAGUGAAACUUGCCCCCAGUGCUCUUCGCCUCAAACCCUGAAUGAGACCAUUUUGCUCGAACUGACUCCAGCCAAGCUCACCUGUGAGCGUCCGGCUCUUCGCUCGGCCCUCAAACAGCGGGACAAUCCAGUGUGGCCUGAGUCUGAAUCGGAGCCGGACCUUCCGUACACCCGUGACUUUGAGAAACCUUUAGGCCAUCUGAUCGUUGUUCUCUCUGACAGCCACGGAAACAGUGCUCACGUGGCCUGUGAUGUGCGGCACCCUGGAGACAGUUCACCCAUGACUUGGAUAGUAAAUUCACAAUCACCCGGGGAGUUGUCCGUCAAUGUAUCACUAGUGACUGUCCUCGAGUGUGAAAUUGAUCGGGAGGCGUUGCAGAAUCUAUGGCAAUUGGUCGCAUAUUACUAUGAAAGCCCUGCUAUCUUGGAGAGAGGUGAGCUGAAGGGAAAUGCAAGCAGAGUGGCGUAUCAAUACGUCCAAGCUGUAAAUGAAAAUUCCCCAUAUUUCACUGAAUUAAAAGGGCACCUGGUAGCAGAACCCUCAUGGCUGCUUCAACCAAGAGUCACUUUGAGGCUCAACAGACAGCAGACAACCAACAAGAAACUGGUGAUGGAUUUCACCACCGUAAUUACCAAGCACAUCAACGGCCGUCGAGGAUCAGAAGAUGACAAUGACCUCGCCAUGUCCUGGGCUCUAAUUCGCAGAGGGGCAACCGGACGGGUUCAGUCUGCUCUCGAAGGUUCAAAGGUUAAUUUGGAGUGCAGUGUUGUCACUUCGGAGCCGGAGGUGAAAGUGGAGUGGAUGCUUCCAGAUUUGUCCAUUGUGGAAGAGGCAACUGAUACAAUUGAAAUUUCAGAAAGAGGAGAACUUGUCAUUUUAAAUGCCACAUUGUUAGACUCAGGCCUUUACCAUUGUAUGGUCAGGACCAUAGCCGGUGUGGACUUGAUACCUCUGAGACUCACCAUUAAAGAACUAUCACUCAGCCCAACUGCUUUCAACGGUCAGAAAAUUGUAGUUGAAAAGGGGCACUCUUUUUCUCUCCCGUGUGAGGUUACCUCAGUCCAGCCCAGUCAAACUAUGUGGUACCUACCCAAAAACCAAAUUCUUCUUCCAACGCAACAGACAAGACGGACAGAAGUCACGGAAAAUGGGACUUUGGUGGUAAGGAGAUCGACACAGGAAGAUGCAGGGGAAUACACCUGCCUGGCCUCAAAUCUGUAUGGAGUUGAUAUGCUAGCACACCUGGUGGAAGUUACAGGAGAAGAAAAAACCUCUGAUAGAUCCAAAGUACCGACGGCGAAAGAGGAGCAGAGUUUACCAGUUGACAUUGAGGAAGGAGAGGGUUCAGGGGGAGAUUACCAGGAAAUUAUACAACCUCUUGCUACACUGUUCCCUAAGAAGGUAGGAACGCAACAAAGGAAUCAGAAUGGGUUUUCAAAGAGGAUAAGAAAUAAAGAAUCAAAGAGAAAACCCAAUAAAUCUGUGAAAGAAUUAGAUCCCAAUCGUUGGGCAGAGAUAUUGGCAAAAGCUAAUGCUAAACCAAGUGUUGGUCUGCCCACAGAGGCGCCACUUCCAGAGCCCAGCACUGUAACUAUCCAAACAAGUACGUCCAAACACACUACGACAACUGCCGCAAGAAUUUAGACGAAUGCUUAUAACUUACCUCCUAUUACUACCCCUCCUGAUGUGAGGAUAGCGCCAACUAAUUUACCCAUCAACACAAAAGCUUAUACUAAAGCCUAUUCUACAGAGAAGAAAGGUGAUGACUCUGAGACAUCGGAAAGUCAGCCAGAUGUGUUACUACUUCCACAACUCAGAAGUACAGAAUCAACCCCACGCCUCGUUGGCGGGAUGGCAGAAAAAACAGAAGCUGUCACAGACCCUCCUGCUCUUGGAACCGCUCAGUCAGAAAGUAAGCACCCUGGAGAGGGGAGAAGGAGCAACAUCCUCCUUCCUGGUCAUAUGAACAGGAGAAGGCCUCCUUAUAGGCGUAGAAAACCCACAAUGAGAAGAGUCCGUCCGCACGGACACCCCAUGUACCAUUCAUCAAAGACAGAACAAACAACAGUUGUCCAAACAACCAUCCCGCCAACAACUACGACUACUACAACUACUACUACGACUACUACUACUACUACUACUACUACAACAACACCUGUUCCAACCACAGUGGAAAACCAUGACAUCUUAACUGCUGAAUAUCAGACAGAGGAAGAUACAGGUGAAUACAAUGAAGAAUAUGAAGACAAUGAUAGUGGUAGUUUUGAUGCCAAGGAAGAUUUAAACAGUGAAACCCCUCAUGCCACUCAUGAUCCCGACAGUCGGCGUACCGUAUUACCAGCUCGAGAAAAAGACGCUGGUAUUUCACGACUUAAUCCAAAGACGAUUGUCACUUCAAAGCUUGACGGUACUCCUCAUCCCACUGAAAGCCCUGUUGAAGAGAAGGAGGCGGACACUGUAAAGAUAAAGGAAUCUGAGAAACAGAGGGUGGAGAUUAGAACGCAAACUGAAGAAAAGGGCAGAGACAAUGAAGAUCUGGUAAGAGAGAAUGAAAAGGAGGUAAUAAGAGCAAGGGAGCGGGAUGAAACACACAAAAUAGACACAGAAAGCAGUGAGAAAGACACAGAAAAAUAUGAGACGGAUUGGGUUACGCAGAGCUACGAUACACUGGUUAACAUCCGGUUCAUCACACCGAAUAGACCGAGUCUUAAUACUCGCCCCUCACCGGAACAAGAUACACCAACCCAAGCAAAAACUUCAUCUACCUCACAUUCAGGCAGAGAAAAAGAACUCACACAGGAAGAGGAUGAAGACGUAAACAAGCCAAAGGUGAAGCUUGAAAUCCACAGGUUCCCAGUAAUGGGGCCCGUUCACCCUUGGCUCCAUCAGACCAAACAGGGAGGUGGGCAAACCACUGCUUCCAGGACAACACACACAAACCAAGACAGAAAUACAGCAAGGCAAGGCGAAGUGAAUCCGGGCCGGCAUUCCCAACCUCCCAGAGUCCCCCCGACCUCCCGCUGGUCCUCACACCAUCGUUACCAUCCACCCUACCCUUCCUGGCCUGGUCAAAGGUCCUUUCCUCAUCCAAGGCAAGGUCCUGGAUCCCACUCUGUGCCCACGCAGAAACCCUGGGCUCAAAGCCCGGUUAUCACUAACCGACCAGAGAUCAUCGCAGAAACGGUGAAGGCCACACCUACUUUCUCUGGAGCGAUGGGACAUUCCAGAGAUACACUCUCUAAUCCCCAUCUUUCACAUCAUCAUCAUCACCACCAUGUGGAUGGCAGGACCCAAACCAGAGACUAUCUGUUUCUAUCUAGGUUGAGGAACAGAUACAGACAGACGCAGCUCGAACGCAUCGCUCAGUUAGGGAGGAUGGUGACACCCAAACCUCACAUGAGCUACCGCAAUCCAUCCCCCAUCACACCUGAACCCAACCUUCCAUCUUUACAUAGACCGUACAACCCUAAACCACCAGCACCCACUGCUUCUUACAUUCACAAGCUGCAACCUCUGAACCCUGCUAAACCUUCAACAGCAUCAUUCUCUGGUUUUCACACCCCCCCUGGUGUACCAUAUGGAGGUCGGUGGCCUGUUGGAGCAGGCCGAAUUAGCUCCCGGUGGCCCACAGCUGCCCCUCCUUUCCAAUGGGUGUUGGGAGCUAGAGGUGGUGGGCCGCAGCCCCGUAUUACCACGCUGAACACUGCUAGUGUGUCAGCACUGGCGGAGAGUGAUGUGUUCCUGCCCUGCAAAGCUACAGGGAAUCCUGAACCCAACAUUACAUGGACCAAAGUCUCCACAGGUGCCACCAUCCCAGCCAACACCAAGCAUGGUCCCCGUUUUGAAGUCUUCCAAAAUGGUACUUUUGUCAUUAAAAACAUCCAGCUCCAAGAUAGGGGCCAGUACCUCUGCACGGCCCAGAACAGCUUCGGAUCAGAUCGCAUGGUCAUCACCUUAGCUGUCCAGACUGAGGCACCAAAAAUCCAGCCGCCCAAGUCCACAGAGAUAGCGGUCUACUUUGGGAAAAGUGUGACUCUUGACUGCCACGCUUCGGGUAAACCCCCCGCCCAAAUUUCCUGGAUUCUUCCGGACAGGACGUUUGUGCGUGAAGUCGGGGCUGUCCACACUCCCCUUUCUCCGAUACAUCUGCUUCAAAAUGGAACCCUGCAGAUUCACUCUCUCAAUUUCUCCACCAAAGGGGACUAUAAAUGUAUCGCAAGCAACGCAGCAGGUGCUGAUACAAUCACAUAUCAUCUGCAUGUGGCCGCUCUGCCUCCGAGCAUCAGUGAAGGAGCAAUGGAUACUGUGAUCAUUCAGCCAGGCAGGAGUGUGUAUGUUCACUGCUCUGUGAAGGGCGAACCGGUGCCUGCUCUGAAAUGGACGCUCCCAGGAGGCGGCCAUGUAAAACCAUCACAGUUUCUUGGACGCAGGCUGUUUGUCUUCCCCAAUGGGACGCUGUAUGUGAAGAAUGUUUUACCGGCUGAUGCUGGGAGGUAUGAGUGUUUGGCCUCUAACGCUGUAGGCGUGGCCAAAAGAGCUGUCCAGCUGGAGGUGAGGGCAAAUUCCCCCUCCUUCUCCCGCCAGCCUCCUCCUCCUCCUCCUCUUCCCAUCCCCCCAACCCAACGCCACGGUGGGCCGUCCCGACGGCACUCUGUCUCAGCUAUGUACGGAUCUGCUGUGUACCUCCACUGUCCAGAGUCUACUCCGUCCACAAGAGGGACCAUCUGGCAGCUACCCUCCAAGACCAUCAUGGAACAUCGAUACAGUCCGGAGAGACCCAUUAAAGUGUUCCUAAAUGGCACUCUGAGGAUAUUUCAGCUAACAGAGCUGGAUGGGGGAAAUUAUCUGUGUGUCUUUCAGCGGCCCAAUGGGGAAGACAUGGAACUCUUCCAGGUGGAGGUGUUAAUGACCCCUCCAAGAAUUGAACAUGUGAGAACUGCACAGAGCAGGGUCACCCUUGGAGAACAUUUUCAGGUGGACUGUGUUGCAACAGGUCUCCCUGAUCCAGAAGUUACUUGGAGUCUCCCCGAUGGAACUUUAAUCAACAACGCCCUUCAAUCGGACGACAGCGGCCUUCGCAACCGCCGCUACGUUAUUUUUGGCAAUGGGACUUUACUUCUCCAGCAAAUGGGCAAAAGAGACGAGGGUGACUACACUUGUUUUGCCAAGAAUAAACUUGGCAAGGAUGAAAGAAAAGUAAACGUCAAAGUGGGGCCGAACGCUCCAAAAAUUACAUUGAAAUCUCAAUCACUGGUUACGGUAAAGUUAGGAGAAUCAGCUAAGUUGAGUUGUCAGGCAACAGGUCAACCAACACCAAAAAUCAUGUGGAUCUCACCCAGAAAUGAUGUGAUAUCUUUGUCUUCAGACAAAUUUCAGGUCAUGGACGAUGGGAUGCUAGUGGUGAAAAAAGUAAUACUGGCCGACGAAGGGAAGUAUGCGUGUGUGGCAAGGAAUUCUGCUGGUGAUGAUGUCAAAAAUGUGAAACUUGAAGCUGAACUCCAAGAACCCUUUAUUAAUGGCGUAAAAAAGAGGAGCACCACAAAGGUCUUGGCUGUUUCUUACCAAACGGCGCUUCUGGAAUGCAGAGUGGAAGGAAAACCCGAACCAAGAGUCUGGUGGGUUACUCCUUAUGGGCAUUCCCUCCCAACGCCCUACCUCGGCGGUCGCUUCCAAGUCCACCGGAACGGGAGCUUGGAGCUGAGAGGGGUGAGGAAAACCGAUGAAGGGGGAUACAUGUGUCUGGCCAAAAACAAUCUGGGUGAUGCCUCACUUUUGGUUGAAUUAGACGUGGCAUCAAUUGCCGAGAAACCGAGUUUUGCUGUUCCCAAUAUUGAAAUCUUACCAAUAAAGCAAGACGGUGGAGAGUUGAUUCUGGAGUGCCCCGCUCGUGGCAAGCCGAACCCGGAGUUUGCAUGGAUUCUACCCAACGGGACGAUGUUAAAGCCCGGUGUGAGACUCCAACGCUUCACACAUCAUUUGGGUAAAGGAACUCUACAGAUCUCUCAUCCGGUUGCAAGCGAUAAGGGAGUGUACCGCUGCCUCGCUAGAAAUGUGGCAGGACAAGCAGAGAAACGUUAUGCGCUGGAGUCGGGCAGAAAGCCAGUGAUCAGAGGAUCUACAGGUGGUAUAAGGAUCACCUACGGCCUUAAUCUCAAUUUGCCCUGCACUGUGAAUGGCUGGCCGCAGGCAUCAAUCACAUGGACCCUACCCAAUGGACUUGUUUUGGACAAACCUCAAACUAUUGGCCGGGUAUUUUUUUUUGCCAAUGGGACCCUCCAACUCCGGCAGGUGGCCACCUUCGACAAAGGAACGUACGUCUGUAAAGCCUCCAACUCUUUCGGCUCGUCGACACUAUCCUACCCGGUUGCAGUCCUGGUUUUCCCUCCACGUAUCACCAAUACGCUGACCUCCAUCACGAGGGUCAACCGGGGAUCACCAGUGAAGUUAAAUUGUGUGGCGACCGGUAUUCCCAAGCCGGAUAUUUCGUGGACGUUGCCCGGACGCACAACGCUGGUUCCACACAACCGGUUUACAGUGCAGGGAGGGAUUCACAUGACCGGGGAGGGCAGUCUGGUCAUACAGAAUCCAAAGCUCACGAACUCUGGCAUCUACAAAUGCAACGCCAAAAACGCACUUAGCACGGACUUUAAAUCUACUUACCUACAAGUGGUCUGAGUGACAGUUGCAAUUAAGACUGGAUGAGGAUUUUUCCAUCAGGAUUUGAAUAUAUUCUGCAUAUUAAAGACGCUCCGGAGAGAGACUUAAACAUCCUGACUGGCAGCUCGGCUUGAGACACCUUGCAAACAAAAUUCCACAGAACAUUGAUGUUUCGAAUAACGCUCACCGUUGGUGAUUCUUUACUGCAGUUUUUUUUUUUUCAUUGUGCAAACGUUGCAGAAUUCUUUGAAUUCUAAAUUUCGGACCUUGAAGUAUAUUUUCACUUUUCAAAAAGCCGUAUAACUCACUGCUCAAAGUUUUGCCUUUGGCCUUGCCCUCUUGACCCCUUUCACAUUCUCCAUUAUAAUGUGUGAAAUGUUACUCUGACAAUGCUUGUUGUGCAACUCCACAACUUAAGACUCCUCUGUCUUCAAAUUGCUAUAUCUAAAUAGAAGAUGUACCCCUUAUAGGAUUAUUAUUGUCAAAAUGUGCUGGUAGACUUUAAACUAAGAGUUGUUUCAUCAGCACAUGGUGCAUAUUAAAUUGUUUAUAUCACAUAAUAAGAAAAACAACCUUAGAGUUCAUCGACAAGCAUUGGUGAGUAGUAGAGUGUCAUAAUUCUUGAACAUGGGUGCAUAAUCAACUAUUCUACUAUUCUAUUAGUGCCAUAUUUCGUGAACUCUUUCUAUGAUUAUACAAACACCCCCGUCCCUGCUGCUGCUCUACAUCGUGUACCAGCGAAUGACCGUAUGUAUCAAUUUCAUUUAUUCAUGUUCAUGGCGCUGGGAACGUAACAGCUCACACAAUCUGCGUUGUGAGCUUCGUCGAGUGACACAAAGGGGAACUUAACGACAAAUGUGUGAGUACAUAAUUUAUAAAAAAAAUAAAACAUACAGUACAGGUA